AUGGCGGAUAGGCAUGCUGAGGGUUCAUCAUCUGGUACUGGGCAUAGCGACGACAGUUGCACGACACAAGUGAACGCCUACGUGAAGAACGAUGCCAAGCUGCAAGCAGGAAGCAGGCACAGCGACUGCACCCCCGUGAUGGUGAGCAUCACGGGGUCGUCUGGACUAACCGAGCGGCGCGAGCGCAACCCCAUAGAUGUUGUCCUCGUGCUCCAUGUCCACAUCCGCUACGCGGCGCCGGCGAACUGGCAUGAUCUCGUCAACAGGGCGACGGGGCUCCUCGUGGAAAAGCUUGGCGACAAGGACCGGCUUGCUGUCGUCCCUGCUUUGCUCAAGGAGGCACAGAUUGUUUUUGGAGAUGCUGUUAUCGCCCCGAUCAAGCCAAGAUUGUUGCUAAUGUCCGCCGAGAACAAGGCAGCGGCCCGUGAAGCCGUGGAGUCCUCGGAGGCCAUGAGAACCAACAGCCCCUUGAUGAGAGACUUGGAAUCGGCCGAAUCGAUCUUGUAUGGUCGGAGGUCUGACGAGAAGGAGGAGCGUGCUGGCUACAUUAUCGUCAUCUCCAACAGCAACGAGGACCUGAGCUCCGUGCUUAGCUGGAGAUUUCGCUCGGUGCACGCCUUCGGCUUUCACAGUGCUCACAACGCGAGGGCAAUGCACGCCAUUACCAACAGAGGCGACAGCACCUACGCUGUCUUAGACAAAGUAGAAGGAGAAGAAAGCAAUAGUAAUAAUCAGAUCGCCCAGGCCUUCACCGCCAUCGUCGACAAGAUUACCUCUGCCAUAGAGCCAAUGGAGAUCAGGCUCAAGUGCAACGAAGAGGUGCUUCUGUCAGAAAUCUAUGCCCCUCGCAUCUGCAACUUCAUCUCCUAUGACAAGAAGGUUGGCAUCAUCUGGGCCCACGCCCGAGGUCCUAGCGCGGCAACCAAUUUCAUCAUCCUCUUAGAAAUCCCUGAGGAUUAUUAUGAAUACCACAACCUGCUCGAGGUUCACGCCAAGUUCGGUCACCCCCCUGAUUCGAUCGACCGCAAGGGGACCUUGGUCCCGGUCCGUAAGGGCGUGAAUGGAUCCAUCCAGGUGGCUGCAGAGAUUGUGAGGAUGCAAGCACUCCGUAUCGUCACUGAAAUCACGGACGACGAAGACCAUCGAAAUGACGAGAAGCUCAUUAAUAAGCUGUAUGAAUGGCACCGUAAUCUUCAGAAACUCAAUUUUGGAACGGAGGCUGCCCAUUUUGGAACCUGUGGCUUGAAUACAUGCUGUCUUGGCAAUCAUACCAAUGGUGGCCUCUCCGGCCACUAA